UUAACUUGCCAUCGCCGAAGGAACAAGAAGCGCGAAAAGCGAAACGCGGACGCAGAAAUGAAAUCGAAAUAAAUGUGCACCGCGCACCUGAAUCAAACUCGUGGCGAGAAGGCAAGAAUUACUUUUCGAUUCAAUUUCUUGCGUGGCUUUUUUGCGGAAGUGUCGUCGCCAGCAUCCGUGAUUUUUUGCUGCUUUCCGCUUUGGUUUUCCACCUUUUUUUUGGGUGCAGCACUCUUUAGAGUACGACUCUUGGCCUUGGCCACAUCGAAAAAAAAUACAAAAGAACUUAAGUCGGCAACAAGUGUCUGCUGAAACCGUUUUAUUGACACAUGUAUUUUACAUUUUAUAAGUCCCAUACCCAUAAAAUGUGUUUAUAAAUAAAAAGUAAAUAUUAUAACGCACACAAAAGAAUGAAAAAAGAGAGUGCGGCGAAGAGAGAGGCGAGAAAUUUUCACCGUGCGUGUGUGUGCCUAUGUGGGUAAUUGUUGAUCAAUUGUCAUGUGCAAAAAAUAAAAACAAUAACAGCCAGCGAAAUCAUUCAGCAUCAUCAAUGGGAAGCAUUGCAAAAUCAUCCAAGUGAAACGGAACCUAAUGAAAUAAGCCCCUCGAAAAACAGCGGAAAAUCAACGAGAUUACAGUGACAAGUGGCGAACGAACUCUAGAACUGAGAUUACUCGGAGUCCAAGUACAUUGGUUCCACGUUCUGCGAAUUGAGAUACACUUGGUGCUGCAGAAAGCUAAAGAAUUCAGCUCCAUAGUUGAGUCAUGCUCUGAAGUGUGAAGGCUAAUAAAACAUAUGUUUAAAACUAAGUAAAACCAACGAUAGCACUAAACCCUGAGUUCAGUGACGAGUUGAUAAGUUAUAUUCCGACUUCGGAGAAUUUAAGAACGAUGAACAGUCGCCAAUCGAAAGUAAUAACAAUUCAUAUUCUAAAGAUCCAAAAACUGUAAAAGGUGCCAAUAAAUUUAAUAUUCCCAAGAGCCCAGAGAGAAAAGCAAUAAAAUCCUUAACCCUAGGUCCAAACAGUUGAGAAGUGAAUAAUAAUAAUAGCUACUGCGAAUCCAGUGCAGCGAACAUCAAAUUGAAUUGUUCUAAGUGCCACAUAAUUGAGGCAGGGCGUUGUCGAUAACCAACAUGAGACCUUUAUGACCCGAUGGAAUAUUUUUAUUUAUUAAUAUACGCCAGACAUUGGAAAUCAGCCGAUCGGUUCGGUCAACUUGCGGAGCACAUAAAGUUGAACGGUAUUCCGAGAGCCCCUUAAAUUGUUGGUCUCACUUUUGACCUUUUGGAACAGCUUAAGAACUGACAUUAAAGUAAGCUGUAUAUUUAAACCCACAUAAGGAAACCGAUCAGACUGUUAAAGGAAUAUUUUGUAGAUCUUGUGUGGCAAAAUUCAAAAUUGAAAGCGGUUAGAGCUGCUUUGAUUGUCCUCGCCAACUACUAUUGAAAUUCUAUGAUCUUGUAUAGCUAACGACAAGCUGAAACUUUAUAGAUCAGGAUUCUUGGACAAGUUUUAAGCACUAACUGCAGAGAAUAAGCUAUAAAGCCAAAAAAAGUUAACAGACUGAUACCAACUGAUCGGACAGAUCAGAAAACAGAGUUUAGAGCUUGGCCAGUAGCCGAUGCCACCUUUUGAAGAGGGCGAGAUCAAGUCGGAGGAGCAGAUACCUCUAAGGCCGCCACGCAGACAGAAGACAAUGAAGGCCGAGGAGCAGGAAAAGUCCCAAUCACCGGCGGAGGAGCACGAGGAGGAGCACCUGCUGCCGGCCGCGGGGCUGAGCAACCUGCGCUUCGCCCGGGCCAACUUAAGUCAGAGCAGCCUGAUGCUGAGCCACCGGCAGGGCUCCUUCGAGACGUCCACCGAGCGGACGGCGAGCAGUGAGACCCUCGACGUUCUCCCCAGCUCGAGGCGCAGCCAGGCGGCGAUGCACCAUCACCUGCAGCAGCAGCAGCAACAGCAACAGCAACAUCAGCUGCCGAACAGCCGCUUGGGGACUCGGCAGCCACCUUCGGCCUUGGCGAGCGCUCUGCAUGCCACUGCCAGAUUGGCGGCCAGUGUGGAUGCCUACACGGCGGCGGCUACAGCCACAGCCACAGCGGCAACCGGCGACUACGGCGGCGACUAUAUGCGGCCGCAUAUAGGGAACCUCGGACACGCCCACCCCGCCUCCGGCCAGCCCCUCCACCUGCAGCAGCUGCACCAGGUGCCCGCCGCUCACAAUCUGGGCAAUCUGAGAGCGAGCAAUUUCGUCGGCUCGUCGCGGUACCUCUAUCACAGCCAGUUCAAUUCGAAUUCGCCGCAAGCGAGACGCUUCACUGCGCAGCAGCGAGACGGCUCGCCAGCAUUCGCGGCUUCAGCGGCAGCAGCUUCGGCGGCGGCAGCUUCGGCAGUAGCCCCACUAGCGCCACUAGCACCACUAGCACCACUCGCACCCUUCGCCUCCAUAGCAUCGUCCCCAUUCGCGGCCCAGCCGCCGCCCUUUCAGUUGCGCACGUACCAACAGAACCAAUCCUACCGCUUUCAGCCGCGAGGACACCACCGCACCGGCAGCAGCAGCAUGUCGCAGUCCGGCGAGGACCUCCACUCGCCCACCUACCUCUCCUGGCGGAAGCUGCAGCUGAGUCGGGCCAAGCUAAAGGCCUCCAGCAAGACGUCCGCCCUGCUCUCCGGAUUCGCCAUGGUGGCGAUGGUGGAGGUGCAAUUGGACAGCGACACAAAGGUGCCGCCGGGCAUGCUGAUCGCCUUCGCCAUCUGCACCACGAUGCUGGUGGCGGUGCACAUGCUGGCCCUGAUGAUCAGCACCUGCAUCCUGCCGAACAUCGAGACGGUGUGUAAUCUGCACAGUAUUUCCCUGGUCCACGAGUCGCCGCACGAGCGCCUCCACUGGUACAUCGAGACGGCGUGGGCCUUCUCCACGCUGCUGGGUCUGAUCCUGUUCCUGCUGGAGAUAGCCAUACUCUGCUGGGUGAAGUUCUACGACAUCAGUCCGCCGGCGGCGUGGUCAGCCUGCGUGGUCCUCAUCCCGGUGAUGAUCAUCUUCAUGGCCUUCGCCAUCCACUUCUACCGCUCCCUCGUGUCGCACAAGUACGAGGUGACCGUGUCGGGCAUCCGGGAGCUGGAGAUGCUCAAGGAGCAGAUGGAGCAGGACCACCUGGAGCACCACAACAACAUCCGGAACAACGGCAUGAACUACGGCGCCUCCGGGGAUAUUGUGUAGCGCUUUUUGGCGAUCCACGCGUGGAUCAAACGAAAAAGACAUUGCGGCUCAGGGCAAGCCUCAGACUAUUUAAGUGAAACACAUAUUUUAAAUUUGUAGUGGAUGCAAAUUGUGAUAAGCGGAGGCAGUAGAUUUUUACUAUACGAGUACGAGUAUAUACGCGAACUGUAUUCUGUAUUGCGUGUGGACGGAGUGCUGUAGUUCAUUAUUUUGUACGGCAAUUACUAGGCAUGGAUAUAGACAGUGAUGAAAGACCCUAAUUAAAGCAAUAACUCGGACGAUCACGUUCGACGAAUAUUCCUCAAAAAUUAGCUUAUAUUUGUUAUAUAUAUUUAUUGCGUGUAUUUUAAACUGUAUGCCGUAUUUUUUUGGAAAAUUCUUUGGCAGUCUUCCCGUUUAUCGUUUAGGAAUUCUUUGGACACACCUCAAUUGUCUUAGCCCCUAAUUUAAUGUUAGGCCAAUUAUGUAAGCGAGAACGCGCUGUAAUUUAUACUAUAUAAUUUACGAUUAAAUGACUUUUCUAUAAAUGGUGUCGGAGUUUAAUUUCACAAAUGAUACUGGACUAAUAAUACAUAUAAUUCAGAGGUAUAUAAAAUAUUCGUACUGUAGUGCUUUAAAUACAAGCCAAUUCAUAUCUAAUAAACAAGUAUUAGGAAACAACUUAACUGUAUUACGGUCAAAAGUUUUGAUAUAGAUCAUUUUUAAUCAGAAGAGAUAUAUAUACUAGUUUAUUUUGGCCGGUCUAUUUUCGAUCUUAUUGAAUGUAAGCUAAGUAGCGCUGUAAUUUAUACGACUGAUUAAACGAUUCUUCCACAUAUACUUAACCGGAA